GAUUGGUUGGACAGCCUCCUCUCGUUCUGAUCUCGGUGAAGUUUCCCACCGACAAAGCGGAGAAAGUCCGGGAUAAUUAAACCGAACCGGACCGGCUGUCUCGCUUGUUCGGUGUGAAAUGACGUUUAUAGCUGCGUUAAGCUGAGUUAAAUUCCUGUAGGUAAAUAAGUGGAUGUGACUUUAGGGCUCAGACCCGGAGCAGUUCACCGAGGAGCCGCGGAGCGGGUCGGGCUUUGUUGCUAUGGAGGUGGACUCCGCCGUGGGCUCUGGAGGCCUGGAGAUGGAGCUGGGUCCGGAGCUGGAGGAGGAGUUGGGUGUUUCUCUGGAUGAACUGCGCGAGUGGAUCGAGCAGCAGGUGGACAGCAGCGAGGCUGUGCAGCAGAGGAAAGCUCAGCUAUCGGAGCUGCAGGAAUGGGUUGAGACGAGGGAAAAAGAGAUGGCUAAUGUGGAUACGCUCUGCUCCACUGCUUCAGAUUCAGUUACGCAGUGCGAGUCCCUGGUGAAAGAGCUGUACAGUAAAAUGGGUCUGGUGUAUCGGGAGAGUAGUUCUGAUGACGAUGGCGGAGGAGACGGCAGUGCUUCUGAGAUUAUUGAAAUUGAUGAUGAUGAUGACGAUGAUGUCAUCGCUGUGGGCUGUGCUGCAUCAAGUAAGCGUAAAGGCAGUAGGUCAGUAGCUGCAGAAAGUGUGGGGAAUGUGGUCCCACCAAAGAAAGUUGUGACCCCGGUCAAAGAUUCAACGUUUAAGGAAGCCUCGGCAGCUAUUCAGAGAACUUCACAGCAAGUGCAGAACUUGAUGCAGACGGUCACCAAAAGCACCCCGUCCGGAUCCAACGCCAUCGUUCCACCUAAAGUGGUGGCCCCGCCCACUCAGAGCCGAGGUCCCAUGAUGAACAUCCCGGCAGUGUUCGUGUCCUCAGCCCCAGGAAACUCGGCCACCCAGCCAAACCCGGCCAUAAAACAGGACGCCAUGAAGGUCAACAUGAGCAUUCUGGGUAAAAAACGCACCAAGACGUGGCACCGCGGAACCCUCGUGGCCAUCAACUCCGUGGGAAACAGUUUUAAGUAUAAGGUGAAGUUUGAGAAUAAAGGGAAGAGUCUGCUGUCUGGGAAUCACGUGGCCUUUGACUAUCACCCCACUCUGGAGAGGCUGUACGUGGGAGCCCGGGUUGUCGCCAAAUACAAAGACGGAAACCAGGUGUGGCUGUACGCCGGUAUUGUGGCCGAGAUGCCCAACAGCAAGAACCGUAUGAGGUUCCUCAUCUUUUUUGACGAUGGCUAUGCUUCCUACGUGGGCCUUCCUGACCUUUACCCCAUAUGCAGACCCUUGCAGAAGUCGUGGGAGGACAUAGAGGAUGAGUCGUGUCGGGAUUUUAUUCAGGAGUACAUCACCGCGUACCCCAACAGGCCUAUGGUCCUGCUGAAGCCAGGCCAGAUCAUUAAAACCGAGUGGGAGGGGACGUGGUGGAGGAGCCGAGUGGAGGAGGUGGACGGCAGCUUGGUGAAAAUGCUGUUUUUGGAUGAUAAGCGCAGUGAGUGGAUCUAUCGUGGGUCCACCCGUCUGGAGCCCAUGUUCAACCUGAAAAUUAGUGCAGCCAACAGCCAGGAUAAGAAGCUCGGAGGCCUGCAGAGGCCAAGACCCAACAUGGUACCAAUGAGACCUCGAGGACCUGUCGUCCAGUACAAUUCUAAUGAGAACAAUUCGUUACCCGGUCGACCUGCAGGCCCUCAGUUUACAGGACCUCGGCCGCAGUUCCCCUGCCCCCCGCAGGCCAUGCGCCCUGACAGUAACAUGAUUAAGAAGGCACCAUUUGUUUCUCCGACUCGGCACACCCUGAACCCCGACCUUCAGUUCAAACCCGUCAGCACCAUGCCCGCCCAACCCAGCGGCCCCAGGUUCUUCCUGCUGCAGUCCAGUCCGGUGCAGACCCUCAUUCCCAUGGCCCCGUCCCAGCAGGCGAUGCAACCGGCGGUGUCUGCGUACGGGGGAGAGCGGAUCCCCCAGGAGCCGUCCUAUCAGGCCCCCAACGACCGCCUGUUCUACCUCUCCCACUCCUGCACCCCCGACUGCCUGAAACGCGUCCGGCCCACCCGACCCAACAUGCACCGCGGCCGCAACCCCCUCCUCACACCCCUGCUGUACGAGUUCCGCCGCAUGACCGCCCGCAGACGCCUCAACCGCAAGAUGUCGUUCCACGUUAUCUAUAAGUCUCCGUGUGGUCUGAGCCUGAGGAACAUGGGGGAGAUCCAGCGCUACCUCUUCCAGACGACCUGUGACUUCAUCUACCUGGAGAUGUUCUGCCUGGACCCGUACGUGCUGGUGGACCGUCGCUUCCAGCCGCAGAGGCCCUUCUACUUCAUCCGGGACAUCACAGCGGGACGGGAGGACAUCCCCCUGUCCUGUGUGAACGAGAUCGAUAACACUCCUCCUCCCAGCGUCGCCUACAGCAAAGAGCGCAUCCCUGCAACCGGGGUCUACAUCAACACCAGCGCAGACUUCCUGGUGGGCUGCGACUGCACAGACGGCUGCCAGGACAAGUCUAAGUGUGCCUGCCACCAGCUGACGCUGCAGGCUACUGGGUGUACUCCAGGGGGUCAGAUAAACGCCAACGCUGGGUACAACAGCAAGAGGCUGGACGAGUGCUUGCCCACAGGGAUAUACGAGUGUAACAAGCGCUGCCGCUGUAACCAUCAGAUGUGCAUUAACCGCUUGGUGCAGCACGGCCUGCAGGUGCGCCUGCAGCUCUUUAAAACCCAGAAUAAAGGCUGGGGCAUCCGCUGCCUCGACGACGUGGCCAAAGGUUCCUUCGUCUGCAUCUACGCAGGCAAGAUCCUCACGGAUGACUUUGCGGAUAAAGAAGGCUUGGAGAUGGGAGACGAGUACUUUGCUAACCUGGACCAUAUUGAGAGUGUGGAGAAUUUUAAGGAGGGCUAUGAGAGCGAGGCGCACUGCUCGGACAGCGAGGGCAGCGGCGUGGACAUGAACCGGGUUAAAGUUCGAGCUCCGAACCAGCAGGGCAAACAUCCCCGCAAGUCAGAGGACCGCAACAGCAGCACUACCGGCAAAGGCCAAGGCUCGUCUGAAUCUGGAGACAGCGACGAGGACAAGGACUCGAACCCUGACGAGAGCGACAGCUCAGACGACACGUUCGUAAAAGACACACACUACACGUCCAGCUCUGUGUGGAGGAGCUACACCACCCGCCGACAGAGUAAAGGCCUGAAAGAGGAGAGUCAGGACAGUAAGGAUGGGAUGAGCGUGACGGGUGGAGGAACAGAGGAGCAGAAGCCUCCCCCCAUGCCUGAGGAGAGCGGAAAGAGUAAAGUGGCGUCUUGGUUGACCAGCCAGUCUGAAUCUACUGGAGAUCAAAGUGUUAAAGCAGAGGAACAACCGAAGACUGAGAAGAAGGAAGUGAUGACCCUCUCGGACAGUGAUGAUGUGCAGACCAUCAGCUCCGGGUCAGACGACAACAAAGAGCGCGAAAAGAAGACUCAGGCGGUGGUGAAGAGGCAGGUGGCGGUGAAGUCCACGCGGGGCAUCGCUCUGAAAGGCCCUCACGGUAUAAAGAUGAAGGUGGGCGGAGGUGCCGGGGGCGGGGCCGGAGGGGGUGGUAAUCAGGGCCAAGGCGGAGAAGGCGGCCCCAAAACCACCCGUCAGUUCUUCGAUGGGGAGGAGUCUUGUUACAUCAUUGAUGCUAAAUUAGAGGGAAACCUGGGACGAUACCUCAACCACAGCUGCAGUCCUAACCUGUUUGUGCAGAACGUGUUUGUGGACACUCACGACCUGCGGUUCCCCUGGGUGGCGUUCUUCGCAAGCAAGCGUAUCCGUGCGGGGACAGAGCUGACCUGGGACUAUAACUAUGAGGUGGGCAGUGUGGAGGGGAAGGAGCUGCUGUGCUGUUGUGGAUCUACAGAGUGUCGUGGGCGCCUGCUGUAAAUCACAGCCUGCGGUUUUCACUGUUCACCGGGAAGCAGAGCACGUUCGGGUGGAUUUCUCUGUGUCUGAAGCCUGAAGAGACCUGAGCAGAAGAGGAACUGAGAGGAAAUCGUGUGGAAUAAAGCACAGUGUUGAUCUGGAGCUCGCCGACGCUGUAACUUUCAUUUCAUCUCCUUUAUUAAACUCUGCCUUACACUCGAGAAAAGGCCAUAUUACGCUGUGAUAAUAUGGAAGGGUGUGUGUUUCCUGAUUUCACUGUUCGUUGACUGAUCUGCAGAUGCUGUUCUCUUUAUCUCCUUUUAAGGCAGUUAAGGAUAAUGUUUUUUUCUUUUUCUCUUUUUAUAAUCAGCCAUGUUUUAUUUUGUCUGUGUCUUUGUCAGUGUGUUUGUAAGGACAGACCAAAUUGUACUCUGGAACAGAAUAAAUUUUGUCCCUAAUGGAAA